AUGUAUGUUGAUCCUAUGAACAAUAAUGAGAUCAGGAAACUGAGCAUUACUGCUAAAACGGAAACCACGCCAGAUGACGUUAGGCAGAACAUUCUCGCAAACGCACAUUCGGUGCAUGAGGAAUGUUCUUCUAUUACGCCCGUUACAAUAAAUGGGCAAAACAUCGAAAAGGUGAAAGAAGAAAUUUCUCCUGAUGAUUAUCUGGCUAAAAGACCCAUGUUGCAAUACAGAGAAACUUCAGGUAAGUACUCCUUAGGUGAUUUUCAAAUUUUGAGAACACUGGGUACCGGCUCAUUCGGAAGAGUUCAUCUAAUCCGUUCCAACCACAAUGGAAGAUUUUAUGCGUUAAAGACAUUAAAGAAACACACUAUAGUGAAACUAAAGCAGGUGGAGCAUACCAAUGAUGAACGCCGAAUGCUGUCAAUCGUAUCACAUCCAUUCAUCAUCAGAAUGUGGGGGACAUUUCAAGACUCUCAACAAGUUUUCAUGGUGAUGGACUACAUUGAAGGUGGAGAAUUAUUUUCUUUACUACGUAAAUCUCAAAGGUUUCCUAACCCAGUGGCCAAAUUUUAUGCCGCAGAGGUCUGCUUAGCUUUGGAAUAUUUGCAUAGUAAGGAUAUAAUAUAUAGAGAUUUGAAACCUGAAAACAUUCUCUUGGAUAAAAACGGUCAUAUUAAGAUAACUGACUUUGGGUUUGCAAAAUUCGUUCCUGAUGUCACAUACACACUAUGUGGGACCCCAGAUUACAUAGCGCCUGAAGUGGUCAGCACCAAGCCAUAUAACAAGUCAGUGGAUUGGUGGAGUUUCGGAAUAUUAAUCUAUGAAAUGCUGGCUGGUUAUACACCGUUCUACAACUCCAAUACCAUGAAAACUUAUGAAAAUAUAUUAAAUGCAGAAUUGAAGUUCCCGCCAUUUUUCCAUCCGGAUGCACAGGACUUAUUAAAGAAGCUGAUCACCAGAGACUUAAGUGAAAGACUGGGUAAUCUACAGAACGGAAGCGAGGAUGUUAAGAACCACCCGUGGUUCAGCGAAGUGAUAUGGGAGAAACUAUUAGCCAGGUACAUAGAAACACCGUAUGAGCCACCAAUUCAACAGGGUCAAGGUGACACUUCUCAAUUCGAUAGAUAUCCAGAGGAAGAAUUCAAUUACGGGAUCCAAGGGGAAGACCCAUAUAUGGAACUGAUGAAAGAAUUUUAG